AUGAAGGCCUGUGAACUGAGGCUCCAGGACCCAGGAAACAACCCUUGUUUUCAGCUCAGGCCUCCUCAUAGAGUCCAAAUGGAAAGUGACAGGAAGCCUUCCUACUGUUUGUCAUGGCAGCUCCAUAAUGUCUCUCAUUACUUAGAAGGACUGCUGGAGUAUGAAGUAGCUUACAAAAAGCUAGGAGAUCUUGAUAAGGCUGCCGCAAUCUUGCCCAUUACUUAUGAUCAGCAGUGGAUAGAAAUUGAGAAUCUUUCUCCUGGCACAGAGUAUGAGGCUGUUGUUCGUGUCAAGGUCCAAGAUUACAGUGGUUACAAGAGCAUAUGGAGCCACUGGAGUACAACGUUAAAGUGGAGAACUUACCCAAAAGAACUAUCCUUACUUAGCUUCCUUCCAGCUCUUCUAGCCUUUGGCAUCAGUUCAAUCUCCAUCUUCCUCAUUGUUGCUAUCUCGCUGGUCAAAACACGGAUACCAAAAUGGCUUCAGAAGGCACUAAAGAUCCAUUUACCAGACCCAGUCAAGUUCUUCCCCUCUCUCACAGCUGUCCAUGGAGGAGAUGUUCAGAAGUGGCUCUCCUCUCCAUUGUCCAUGGAUUCCUUCCACAUCACCUCUGCAUCCUCAGAUGUCUCUAUGCUUGAGGUACUGCAGAAAGGCAGCCAGGAUCCUUGCCUCCUCCUUCCCAAGGAUUGUUUUACUUCUAUGGAUGCUCCAGAGACCAGUGGACAUUCCUUAUCCAGCUGUUUUAUCAACCGUGGCUACUUUUUCUUCCACCACCUUCAUUCCCUUGAGAUUGAGCCCUGCAAGGUGUACUUCACAUAUGACCCUGUUGCUCAAGAAAACAGUGGCAGUGAGGAUGGUGACUCCUACCAAGCACUCCACACAACAGACAGUCACCCAGUACUGCCUUCCUACAGCCUCAUGGGGAGCCAAGAGAGUGUUUCACUGCUGCCAGAAAUGAAGGACCCAACUCAGAAGGUUCAUCAGAUAAUCAGCCCUGCAUCCACAGGGAGAUCCUCACCUGUAUUGGCAACAGAACAGGGUGAGACCCAGAAAGAGAGCAAAGCCAUCUUUCCGGGCUCCAUUUCUCUGUAUCAGUCUUCUAUGGGUGUAUCAAGUGUCCACAAGCAGCCAAGCAGCAAUGCUAAUGAAAUGGAAGCAACUACAGACGGAGCAACUCACACCCACUGUGUAGGAAAUAAUACACUUUCAUUUCUCCAGCCUAUGAUACUGAAACCAGGCAAAGCCAGUGAUGUCUGCAGAACUGAAUCCUCUAGCCAGAAAGUCCCUAACUCUGAGGCCUAUUUGUCCUUGAAAGAACUCCAGAGCCAAUACAUCCAUCAGUCUGUCUGAAUUCUGUUGGAAAUACUUGGCCACUUCACUGCUGACUUCCAUUUCCAGAUCAUCUGUGAACAA